CCCGUGGUCCUGACCUGGCUGCAGCUCAGCCUCUGUGCCGCCCACUCCGGUUUCAGCUUGGUGGCCGGCUUCUCCAUCCUUGUUGUCUGUAUGGUCUACCGACAACCAGGGAAUGAGGCGACGGGGCGUCUCGCAGGUGUCCUGGCCCUGUGGGUCUUGUUGAUGGACAUGCAGGAUUACUGGAGGACCUGGCUGAGAGGGCUGCGUGGCUUCUUCUUUGUGGGUGCUUUCUUCUCCGUGGUCUCCGUUUCUGCCUUCUGCACUUUCCUGACGUUGGCCAUAACUGAGCACCAGAGUCUCAAGGACCCCAACAGCUAUCACCUCUCCUGUAUCUGGAGCUUCGUUUCCUUUAAGUGGGUCUCCCUACUCAGUCUGUACGCCCAUCACUACCGGUUCGACAUCAGCACCCUCAGUGAU